GCACGGCCGGGGCUUCCGCGUUGGGAGCCGGCGGCUGAGCCGCGGACGCGGAGCCCUGGGGUCCUGGCAGCCCAGUGGCCGCGGACCCAGGGCGGCAAUGCACCGCCGCGGGGUGGGAGCCGGCGCCAUCGCCAAGAAGAAGCUCGCCGAGGCCAAGUAUAAGGAGCGAGGGACAGUCUUGGCUGAGGACCAGCUAGCCCAGAUGUCAAAGCAGCUGGACAUGUUCAAGACCAACCUAGAGGAGUUUGCCAGCAAGCACAAGCAGGAGAUCCGGAAGAAUCCCGAGUUCCGGGUACAGUUCCAGGACAUGUGUGCGACCAUUGGAGUGGAUCCUCUGGCCUCUGGAAAAGGAUUUUGGUCUGAGAUGCUGGGCGUAGGGGACUUCUAUUAUGAGCUGGGUGUCCAGAUUAUCGAAGUAUGCCUAGCCCUGAAGCACCGGAAUGGAGGUCUGAUAACUCUGGAGGAACUACAUCAACAAGUGUUGAAAGGAAGGGGCAAGUUUGCGCAGGAUGUCAGCCAAGAUGACCUGAUUAGGGCCAUCAAGAAACUGAAGGUCCUGGGCACUGGCUUUGGCAUCAUCCCCGUGGGCGGCACUUACCUCAUUCAGUCUGUUCCAGCCGAGCUCAAUAUGGACCACACCGUGGUGCUACAGCUGGCAGAGAAAAACGGGUACGUGACUGUCAGUGAAAUCAAAGCCAGUCUUAAGUGGGAGACCGAGCGAGCACGGCAAGUGCUGGAACACCUGCUGAAGGAAGGGCUGGCCUGGCUGGAUUUGCAGGCCCCAGGGGAGGCCCACUACUGGCUGCCAGCUCUUUUCACAGACCUCUACUCCCAGGAAAUUACUGCUGAGGAAGCCAGAGAAGCACUUCCCUGAGUGUGGAGGAUGCACAGCAGGCCAGAAGAGGGAGAAACCCGUCCAAUAAACCUGGACAAUACUGUUUAUAAAA